AAAUACCUUGUCUGUGGGCCAGUGAAGGUGACAAACCCCGCGUCGCCCAUCGGGGCAGACCAGUACAUCCAGCUCCGAAAGCGCCAGAUGUACGAAGCCUCCGUGAUGAAGUACGGGGAGCUCGCGCAAGGAGCCUGGGCUUCUGCUUCUCCCUGCCCUCAGAUCACCCUGAACCUGGAGGACAGCAGCAUCUCCACGAAGGGAACCAAGAGCGGGGCCUUCGUGAUGUACAACUGCGCCCGGCUGGCCACGCUCUUCGGCACCUACCAGCGCGCUGUGGAGCGGGGCACGUACCCACCUCUGCCGCCUGCGUCAGAACUGAACUUCUCCUGCCUCCGGGAAGAGGGUGAGUGGCUCCUGCUCUUCAACUACCUCCUGCCCUUCCCUGAAGUCCUGCAGCAGGCGGCACAGCUGCCCCCGCCCAGCAAGGGGAUCCGGAUCACAGCCAACACCGAGGCAGUGUGCAAGUUCCUGAUCCAGCUCAGCAUGGAUUUCAGCUCCUACUACAACCGGGUCCAUGUUCUGGGGGAGCCGUUCCCUCACCUCUUUGAGCAGAUGUUUGCCCGCCUCCGGCUGCUGGCAGCAGUGAGGGACGUGUUCCACAGCGCCCUGGCCACUCUGCACCUCCCUCCUCUCAGCCAGAUCUGAGCUGUCGCUGAAGAGCCGUGCCAUGGCGUGACAGACACCAGGACACUGCGCCACAGGGGCUAGGACAGGGCACGUCCUCCCCGGCAGGGCCAGGGGUUGCC